AGAAAGAAACUCAUCUUUUCUGUGUUCAGCACAGUCGUCCCCCCAUGAGUUAGAAGUCUUUGCAUGCCUAAUGUCCACACAGCAAAGCCAAGGAGGACCCAGCUCUUCUUCUCCUUGCAGCCACUCUUCUCUGCAGUCACCCUAAUCCCCAUCUCUACCCCCUGCUGGGUAGACAGCGGAUGACAGACAGGAGACUCUUACCUGACUGAUAGGUGGCGUCUCUCCAGCGCAGGAACCUCCGCCGGCCCGUUCUGUCUCCCCGGGGCAGUUCUCUGAUGUGGGUGGAGAUGCUUUGCCAACCAGUUCCGAAGCCUGAUUUAAGAUUCGGGCGAAGAAAUGAAGCAUCAACUCCCGCGUCUCACUUACCGGCUCUGGCUGCUGUCCAGCUUCUCUGCGGCGUCCCUUCUUCCCCUUCGGACCCAGGCCUCAAAGGCUGCCCCCCGCUCCUCCCAACUUCACUCAGCCUCAGCGAUGGCUCUCCAGGACGUGUGCAGGUGGCAGUCCCCGGACACCCAGGGGCCAUCCCCGCGCUUGCCUGCGGCUGGCGGCUGGGCUGUGCCCCGGGGCUGCGACCCUCAAACCUUCCUGCAGACCUAUGGCCCCAGGCUGGCUCAUGGCACCACCACCCUGGCUUUUCGCUUCCGUCACGGUGUCAUUGCCGCCGCUGACACUCGUUCCUCCUGCGGCAGCUAUGUGGCCUGUCCAGCCUCCCGAAAGGUCAUCCCCGUGCACCAGCACCUCCUGGGUACCACCUCUGGAACCUCUGCUGACUGUGCCACGUGGUAUCGGGUGCUACAGCGGGAGCUGCGGCUCCGGGAACUGAGGGAAGGUCAGCUGCCCAGCGUGGCAGGCACAGCCAGGCUCCUGUCAACCAUGCUGUCCUGCUACCGGGGCCUGGAUCUGUGUGUGGCCACUGCCCUGUGCGGCUGGGACCACUCGGGCCCCGCUCUCUUCUAUGUCUACAGCGAUGGCACCUGUCUGCAGGGGGACGUCUUCUCUGUGGGCUCUGGGUCUCCGUAUGCCUAUGGCGUGCUUGACCGUGGCUACCGCUAUGACAUGACCAUUCAGGAAGCCUACACCCUGGCCCGCUGCGCUGUGGCCCAUGCCACCCACCGUGACGCUUACUCAGGGGGCUCAGUGGACCUUUUCCACGUUCGAGAGACUGGGUGGGAGUAUGUGUCCCGCAGCGAUGCCUGUGUGCUGUACAGGGAGCUGCGGGAAGCCCCCGACUCGGAGCAGGAGGCGGAAGCCAGUCCAGUCCACCCUGAGCCUGUUGGGCCGCAAGACACUGAAGAAGGGGGAGGACUCUUGGUGGAGCCAGAGGAGGUGACCCCAGAAGACGACAGGAUAAUAGCAAAGACUGGAAUGAUGUGAGAAAGGACAGAACUGGGGAGACCCAGACAGGGCGGGCGGGUUGGGGAACGAGGCUGCCCUGGCAGGGUUAAUUCUGGAAGCAGCCUCGUGGCAUCUGGCUCUGGCCCUUCUGGGUUGCCUGCUUUAUUUAAGUCCCUAUCCUUUCUGCCUCCCAAAGCGAUUGACAUCCCUGCCCGACAUGGCGUGAUGAUGCCCGGUGGAUGGUAUGGCCUCUCCUGUCUCUAGACGGACAUACCAAACACUUGUUGCGUGCCUGCUGCGUGCCCACUGCCCUGCUGUGUGCCAGACUCUUUUUGGUCGUCCCAUCCCAGUCUCUGUUCUCAUUUUGGUCCUUAUCUGUCAGAGUCUUUGUCUCUCUCUCUCCUGGUCACUUCUCACCUUGGUCAGGCAGGCCAGCAGCGAGAGAGAGAGCAGCCCUUCUCAGAAAGACUUGGAAGCCCCGAAGGCUGCAGGGCCUAGUUCAGGUAUAGUGGUGAUGGGCUCGUCUCUGCUGCCCGCCUGCCGUGACCAUGAUGACUGUAAUAAUUCCUCCCUUCUGUACUGAGUGCAGUUCUCAUGACAGCUUUUGGAAGCAUGAUCCUGUACUGAAUCGGGAUCAGGUCUAGAGAGGUAUGGGACUUACCAGGUUAUGGUAGGGUGACAACAUUGUAGGCUUAGAUACACUCAACCCUUCCUGGGCUCUCUGUGCGUAUUUCUCUCCCAGUCCCCACUGUUUUGCCCCCCACCUUUUGUUUUUUUGAGACAAGGUUUGUCUAUGUAGCUUGGGUGCCUGUCCUGGAUCUUGCUCUGUAGACCAGGCUGGCCUUGAACUCACAGAGAUCCGCCUGGCUCUG